AAAAUCCUACAGAGGAAUAUUUUCACUAGUUUUGCAAUAAGAACAAAACUUUUAAUUAGACCUGUUGCACAGAAGCGAUACAUAAAUCCGAAAGCAUUUCCCCAGCCCCGUCUCCAUCUCUCCCCGCCGUCUGCACAGUGUUUGUUCCUCGCUGGACUGCAGAGACUGAGGUCCGUCUAAUCCACCUGCGUGCUUGAGCAGCAGCACUACAGUGUGCGUGUCCUGACUACACCCCAGGACAGAUGCCAAUUUCACACUCCCGUUAAACAACCACCCUCUUGCCUUCCCACCGCCAGGUUAAAAAACCUCGCUUUAAUUGCGACAGAGAGCUCUCUGAGUAUCAAAGUAGUGUGCGAUGGACUCUAAGCGAGAUAAAGAGCAAGAUGCAGACGUAGAGAAGAUAACAGCGGUGCUGCUCAAGGCACGGACAGGAGAGUUUGAUUUGGAAUCAAUACUGUUUCUCAAAUUGAGAGGUCUUGGAGUACAUGAUCUUGGAUGCAUUGGGGAGUGUAUGAGUUUAGAGAGACUGGACCUCUCUGGAAAUAACGUCUCUAACUUAAAUGCUCUAACAUCCCUUCGGCUUCUGUCUGUACUCAAUUUGUCGGCCAACAGGAUCUCCAAUAUAGACCCCCUGCGCAACUGUGAGAGUUUACAGCACCUAAAUGUGGCUGGUAAUAUCAUCUCCAGCAUUGAGAACCUUCACUGCCUUCAAUCUUUGAAAAAACUAGAAAAUAUUCGUUUUAAAGACAACACUUACAAUUACAGUAAUCCAAUUUGCAGGAGCUCAUCAUAUAGAAACAUAAUUCUUGAUAUGUUCCCCAACAUCAAGGUGCUGGAUGGUGAAAGAGUUGUUGGACGUGGGAGUGACUUGUACCAAUUAUGCAAAGAUAUUGAUGAUACCAUUAAAGCUGGAUUAUACAAGAAUGGACAGCUUGUUGAACACACCGAAUGCAAACCAUGGGUGGAAGAUAAUUAUUGGGAGAUAAAGCGAUCAACCAAUGCCAUUAUUGAUGAAGCCUACAAACAGUUUAAUGAUGUUCUCCAUGAAUGCAGACUCCUCAACAACAGAGCCACUCAUGUUAUUUCACAAACAGAAAAAUCAAUGAGCCUGAAGAAGCAGCCAAAACAAUAUGCCAUUUAAGUGGGGCUAUUUUGGACACAUUUGUGUGCAACAUUUAGCAACUUUUUGUUGUAUGAAUUAUCAUGCCUAAUGUCUUGUAGGUUUUUCCAAUUGCUCAGCUAUAUCCAAAUGCUUGAUAAGUAUCAUUGCCAGACACACAUGCCCUGUGCUGCAGUGUGAGGUAUUUAUUGAAUUUCUAUUUCAUCCUAUGCAUUGGAUUACUGAUGAUACAUGUGAGUGGUAUGAAAACCUUUAUCCAUUCUGACACCAUUCAGUUUGGUUGAAAGAUGUCUUUACUUGCACAGUGUGCAUUUUGUACCAUGUUGUAGCCUGUAUUUAUGCCGAGAGCAGUGCUUUUACCAUGUUGCAUUGCUGGAUAAUUUUGGGAGUCGAUGUGUCCCAUGCUGUAUGCUUUCUAUGUAUGUUGAGCUUUUGCAAAACCCAAUCGAAUGAUUGUUUGAGCUGUUUCUACUUGUUUUAUACCAUAAAAUUUAUUAUGUGUAUUA